AUGUUUGAAUGCAGCAUCGACGGCUUAACGCUAAAGCGUUUCUUUGAAGCUUUAAAAGAUACUUGUGUAGAGACAAACUUUAUCUGCGACUCUGAUGGUUGCACAAUGCAAGCAAUGGAUGAAAGCCACGUAGCCUUAGUUAGUACGACUUGGUGCAUGGAUCUUUUUCAUAAAUAUCGGUGCGAUUCCCAGGUUACGCUCGGCCUGUCCGUCGCUACGAUAUUAAAGGCAAUUCAACCUGUAAAAUCAAAUAAACAUAUUGUACAUCUCUCUACUUUAAAAGGCUCAGAUGAAGAUGAAGAAGUGCUGCACAUUGCUAUUGAAGACCCAGAGAGAAAAGUUCGCAUUCGCUGCGAAAAGGAUUCAUUAAUACUCUCAGCAAAGGGAGAAAACCUCGCCGUCACGAGAGUCAUACAUGCCCCAGAUAUGCAGUGCAGCGAAUCCUUUGAACAAGAUUUCGCAGUUCGUUAUCUAUCAAACUUUGUUAAGGGCGCCAGUCUUUGUGAAAGAUUAGAAGUAGCACUAAGUAGAAAUACUCCAAUGCGAUUUACCUUUCCUCUUCCUUCUGCAGGGCAGCAGCAGCAAUCUGCUGCUGCUGCUGCUGCUCUUAUGUCUGUUGAUUCAGAAGAAGUAAGUGCUCUGCGCUUCUAUGUAGCACCAAAGAUAGAUGAAGAUUAA